GCCUUGACUACCAGAUUCCACAGGUAGCAGUCUCGCUACGGAGGCCGGGUGGCCCGAAGAGGGAAACCUGUGAAGUGGAAUAGUAUGAGCUGGAGCCAUCCAGAAUCUGCAGGAAGAUCCUGGGGGGAAUUGUCUGAGGAAGAAAGAAUAUUUAGACUCUCCAAGUUCUUCCUUUACAUAGCUGUUAAAUCCAAGGCAACUGUGUCGAAAGCAUGAAUAAUGAUGCAUCUUCUUCACGAUCAUCCAGCCCACUUGAAAGGGAUCCUGCCUUUCGGGUGAUUACAGUUACUAAGGAAACAGGUCUAGGUCUGAAGAUCCUAGGCGGAAUUAACAGGAAUGAAGGACCGUUGGUGUAUAUUCACGAAGUCAUUCCUGGAGGUGACUGUUACAAGGAUGGACGUUUGAAACCAGGAGAUCAACUUGUCUCAAUAAACAAGGAAUCUAUGAUUGGCGUAUCAUUUGAAGAAGCAAAAAACAUAAUUACCAGAGUCAAGUUGAGGUCAGAAUCGACUUGGGAGAUAGCAUUUAUCAGACAAAAACCUUACUGUGGCCAUCCAGGAAAUAUUUGCUGUCCAUCCCCACAAAUGUCAGAAGACUAUGGACCUCAAACCUCAACAUUUAAUCUUCUUUCCUCUCCCCCUGAAACACCAGUUCCAAAGACUUCAUCCACUCCCAAGAUUCAGGACUCCAUUUUACCUUCCUGUAAAGCAAUGCAGACAAAACCUGAACACAAUAAAACAGAACAUACUCCAAUUACUUCUUUGGACAACAGCCCUACAGAUACAUCUAAUCCAGACAUUGCUCCAGCCUGGACUGCUGAUGCUUCUGGACCACAAGGGAAGAUUUCCCUACAUCCUUCUGUUCGCCUCAAGGCAGAGAAACUGGAAAUGGCUCUCAAUUACCUCGGUAUACAGCCAACAAAGGAACAACAUGAAGCCCUGAGACAGCAAGUCCAGGCCGACUCAAAGGGGACUGUGUCUUUUGGAGAUUUCGUCCAGGUUGCCAGAAACUUGUUUUCCUUGCAGUUGGAUGAAGUAAACAUUGGUGUCCAUGAAAUCCCCAGCAUCUUAGGCUCACAGCUUCUCCCCUGUGAUUCUCUAGAAGCAGAUGAAGUGGGAAAACUUAGACAAGAAAGAAAUGCUGUUCUAGAAGAGCGGAAUGUGCUUAAGGAGAAAUUACUCGAAUCAGAGAAGCAUAGGAAGCAAUUGAUAGAAGAACUCCAGAAUGUGAAACAGGAAGCCAAAGCUGUAGCUGAGGAAACCCGAGCUCUUCGAAGCCGGAUUCAUCUUGCUGAAGCUGCACAGAGGCAGGCACACGGGAUGGAGAUGGAUUAUGAAGAGGUGAUCCGUCUGCUAGAGGCUGAGGUCUCAGAACUGAAGGCUCAGCUCGCUGAUUAUUCUGACCAAAAUAAAGAAAGUGUCCAGGACUUAAGAAAGAGAGUCACCGUUCUUGACUGCCAAUUGCGAAAAUCAGAAAUGGCUCGGAAAACAUUUAAGGCGUCUACUGAAAGGCUCCUUCGUUUUGUAGAGGCUAUUCAAGAAGUACUUUUGGACAGUUCUGCUCCUUUAUCAAAUUUAAGUGAAAGAAGAGCUCUGCUUGCAUCUCAGACUUCCCUUCCGCUGCUGGCAAGGAAUGGACGCAGCUUCCCAGCAACCCUGCUUCUGGAAUCCAAGGAGCUUGUCAGAUCUGUUCGUGCCAUACUUGAUAUGGACUGCUUACCUUAUGGGUGGGAGGAAGCUUACACAGCAGAUGGAAUCAAGUACUUCAUCAACCACGUGACACAGACCACAUCCUGGAUCCACCCCAUGAUGAGUGUCCUGAACCUGUCCUGCACAGAGGAGAAUGAAGAAGACUGUCCCAGGGAGCUAACGGACCCAAAAAGCUGAUGGGUUUCCAUGGGAAAUGGAGCACCAGAGUCUUCCAGCUUUUGAAACCGUGUGCACAACCGGACACAGGCAGGACACCUGACCCUGAGACACAGGAGUCCAGCACACACUACCAGGCAGGGUGUUAAGUUGAAAGUGUGGUAUUUUUGUGUCCAUGUUAAAGAUCAGUUGCCACUACAAUAGUUCUUUGAAAAAUAAUCUAGUUGCAUUUAUUGAGGUCACCUGCAGUCAGAUUCUGUAUGCAUAUGCCUUCUCAUUUAUAAUUAGAUCUUUAUAACUUGGUAUGUAGUUCAUUGUUUGGUCUGAGAUACAGUGAUUUGUAUACCAGCACUUUAUAUUGAACAGUCAUGUGAACAUAGCAAACGCCUUCUUUUGAUAACUCCCUCUCUCUGCUCACAGCUUAGGAAGGUGUUCUGAGAAAGCUAAGGGGCAGUGCCGCUUACAUUACAUUACAUUAUAUUAGUUGCUGGUUACAACUUUUGGGUUUUUUUUUUAACCAGUAUCUCAUAGGACACCACCUAACUUAUAUCAUUAGGAGACUUCUGUCAUUUAUAAAAUGCUUUCAAACCUCGUCUUAAACCAAACAGCAUGGCUGUCGGGCUGAUCUACAGGGCAUUUCUCCUCAUGGCUUCAGCUGAAGAAACAGUGGUUCAGAGAGACAGAGCUUCCUGUCCCAGGGAUGAGACUCACACCUAAUCUUCCAGUUCCAUGUCCAGGAUCCUUUGCCCUGCUCCCUACUGUCCCCACAGAGGGAGACAGCAGCCCAGCAGAGUAUCUACAUUCUGUUGAUGCAGCUGGGUCCACAGCUGUGCAUUCCACAGCAAUCCAGAGGACACCUCAGAGUCAAACAUUGUCUUUUCAUAACCCCACUCUCUUCCUUCUGUGGCCCCAGGACCACCCCCCAGCACCACCCUUAGACACCAAGCAGGGCACUGCAAUGUGACUUUUCAGGGGGGGUUGUCCCAUGGCGUGUAUUUUCUAGAAUAGAGACACUGGCUGAUGGCAGUGGUUUACCAUGUUUGAGUGCCAUUACCAGUAGGAGCGUCUGAGGAGAGGUGACAGGAGAAAGGUGUCUGUUUAAGUGCUGCUGGAGUGCUUGUCAAAGGAUGGAGACCAGGCGCCAAGGAAAGCAGCACAGCAUCACUGAGGUAAGCAUAGAGCUCCCAGGAAAACAGUGCAAGAUUCUUCACUUAAAGCCACUUUAUAAAUAAGUCACUGAGUUCCUGCAGUGAAGUAGUACCUAUGUCAGCAUCAGACACUAGCUCCUACAGUUUCCACUGACUUUAUCUGAUAUGCAGAAUGUAUAUGGAGAAUACACAUGGGCAUCGUGCUCAUCUGUACCUCUCUGAAUACAGUUAAGAUUUAGGAUUUAAGUUGAAUACACUUAGGAUUCAUGUUUCUUGUCAUGAGGAAGAACAUAAAGUCAAACACAGACUGACAAGGAGACUUUACCCCAAGAAAGACAGAAUGGCUGGAGCAAAUGUAUGCCUCUCCUCACAGCUCUCUAGAUCUUAGGAUGCUUCAAGGUGGGGGGGGGUUGAGAGUGGUAGGGGGAGGCAGUUUUGAGAGCAGCUACAGAGGGAGCUGUUUCUUCAAGUCUCAGAGAGGUAAACAGGCACUCACGCACUUUUAUAAGAGAGUGUCUAUGCUGUGAACCAGCACACUCCUUUUAGGAAAUCGUCCCCCAUUCCCCCCUUGGAGAGCGUCCUCCCUUGUUUGUAAGGGAAGCUGAGAUGGGAUCCUGGACCAUGCAGUCUCUAGUCUGUAUGUGUUCAUGUAUGUGUGACACUCACAACCUCUGCUGCUUGUACCAAGUCUCUCCCUGUUUCUAUCAAAUACAUAAUCAAAAAGACAUAUAAAACACAUAGCGUUAUUUCUUGAGCACUCUAUACCAUACAUUGCAGUGUACAGUGAACAUCUUUUGGGAGGGUAUUUUGGAUAGCCUCUUCCACCCUGGCCUUGAAUUCACAAUCCUCCAGCCUUUCUCCCAAGUAUUUCAACAAGUACCUUCUUGAAGCUACCCAUGAAACAAGAACUAAAGUGAUCCAAUUUUGUGAAGAAUCUGAGGUUUAGAGAGAAGUGGUUACUACCCAGGGAUCCCACCAUGACUAUGUGUUGAUGCUGGACCUGAGGCAAGCCUUAGACCCCAGGGCUUCUUUAAACCAAGGGGUAGAGCCACCUGGAUUUAGUCAGCACUGCAAGACUCCAGCUUUCAGUCCUGAGGAACUUCCUAGUUCAUCAGAAAGGAAUUCCCUAGGAGAAAACAGCAUUCCAUCAGGUUCCUGUGCAUCUGAACUUCUCAUGUGAAUGCAGCUAAGGAGGCUCUGAAUUAGCUGAGUCAGGUGAACACUCUUUGAGAACUACACUUUAGUCUCCAUGACCUCCACACCCACAGAUAAAGGACAGAUGCUCAGAGAAUCUCAAGAAGAAGGCUCAGUAUGAAUGCUUUUCGGAUGCAGACAGAACCCUGGAUUACUUUGGAGGAAGUUGAUAUUCUUUAACUUACGUUAUCCCUACCACUGUCGACAUCCACGGGAAAUGCCUCUUCACUGACCCACCCACUCAAAUUCUGGAUUAUAGGAAUGGGACAUGUUUACAUCCCUCCCAGAGCAUGUUCCAGUGGCAUUGGACAUCAGUUGUGCCGAAAGUCUCACUUCCUAGAGUGACAAGAGGCCUGGCUGUCCUCACUCAUGUGUUCCCUUGGAAUGCUCCCAGUGCGACCAGCACUCUGGUCAUCAGGGCAAAGUAGGGCAACAGCUAACCAUUUUUUGGGCUGUUUUAAAAAUAAAAAUGAUUUUGAACGUCAGAAUUUGUUACUUUUUAACUUCUAAAUUUUAAAAAUAAUUUAUUUUCCUUUCAAAAUCAGAUCAAAGUUCUGUGGAAAUAAAUCGAGUUAGAUAAAUAGCCCAUCUAACUUUCUGGAAGCUGCCAUCACCAUUAUUUUAGUAAAUAUUUUCACUCAAGGGCAAGCAUACCACCCUUAAGCAGCUCACCUUUGAGUUAGUACAUUGUGGUCAUCUUUUCACAGCAAUAUAGGCAUUCUGUUACAUUUUAAAAAGCUUAAGCUAUCACUUCCCAGAAUGCCCUUCAUCCGUUGUUCAGCAACUUACUAAAGAAAUCUUUGGCUACUUUAAGUUCUUUCCUGUAACAGUGUCAUGGUGAGCAUGCCUAUAAUUAUUAAAACCUUUUCUUCAAGUAUCCCUGCACUCAAAUA